AUCAAUAGGAAGUUGCUGCUGUCAAUGUGACCGCUUGAUGCUUUUUUGUUGUCAACGUUGCAUAUCUGUUCCAGUUAAUGUUCAACCUUUACGCGAUGUAACGUCGUGACGGGGCUUAGUUGUUUUUGUUUUCUUUAAGUCAGUUUUAACUGUUGUAUCUGUCAUUUGAACACAUUUCUUCACUUUAGGCCAAUACUUCUAUCGCUUAAUUAAGUAAGAGGCUAUGGCUGUUUUUGAACCAGCUGUUGAGUUUUGCCGUCGCCCAGACAGAUGCCUGUCAGCGGGUUAGACGAACCCAGGGUGCCGUGAACUUCAAUUCUGGACAGUGCCAAGAGCCAACACAAAACUGUGGGAUUUAAUAAGCUUGUUUGCACCGUCGGUAUUUGUGAGCGCCUUUUUUUCCAACUAUGGAGACCACUCAGGUGACCUUGGCUGUCAGGGGAAACACAUCUCCAGGUGAAGUGAUUGCAGUUGUUGGUAGCUGUGAAGCCCUGGGAAGCUGGAACUACAAAAAGGCUGUGAUCUUGCAUCCUCUUGGAGAUGAUGGGCACACAUGGACUACAACUGUCGCUGUACCAAGAGGUGUUCCUUCCAAGUAUCGCUAUUUCAAAGGCUUCUUUUUAAAGUCAAAGAGUGCAGAUGGUCCCAGUCAGGUGAUAGUCAAUAUGUGGGAGACCCAUCAUCACCCCCGCACGAUGAGCCCCACAGCACCACAACAGGAUAUUGACGACGGAGCAUUUGGAAUUCAUAACAGGAUAAACUGUGUUGACUCAGGGUGGCUGACGUGCCAGACAGAGAUUCGCCUGCGUUUGCACUAUUCAAAGAUGCCUCCGGUGUCCAUCACUAAGAAGAAAUAUAAGAAGUCUCGCUUCAGAAUCAAGCUGACAUUGGAGGGCUUUGAAGAAGAAGAGGAGGAUGAGGUGGAGGAGGAGGAGGAGCAGGACAAGAAAGAUGAACUGAGUACCUCAUCCUGGCACAAAAUAACCACCUCUCUGGAGAUCAGUAUGAUUAGUGCCAACGCCUAUAAGACACGCCACUCUCAGCCGGAGUGUGGUUACGCCCUGGAUGCUUCCCAGUGGACAGAAUACUGCAUCCACACCAUGGACCCCGACAACCUAGAGCUCACCUUUGAGUUCUUUGAGGAGGAUAUGGGUGAGCAUGUAGUUCAGGGGGAAUUCCAUCCUGGAUAUGUAGGGACAGCCUGCCUCCUUUCGUCCUCGUUUUUGGAGAGUGGCAAGGACUCUGGAGUAGCCACACUUCCCAUAAUGGGCCGAAACUCAAGGCAGACUAUAGGCAAAGUCAAGGUGGAUUACCUGGUCAUCCGACCAAUCCAAGGGAUCCAGUGUGACAUGAGCUCCUCGUACGCAAAGCACUGGAAGAAAAGGAGUACUCUGGAUGUGGGUCACAGGGGAGCAGGCAGCACUCAGGCAGCCAAACACUACAGAGUCAGAGAGAACACAAUAGCCUCAUUCAAAAGUGCUGCAAAUCAUGGGGCGGCCUUUGUGGAGUUUGACGUCCACCUUUCCAAGGAUGACGUGCCUAUCGUUUACCAUGAUCUGACUUGCUGUAUAUCAACCAAGAAGAAAAAUGACAAAAAUCUGGAGCUUAUUGAGGUCCCCGUCAAAGACCUGACAUAUGAUCAGCUGCAGCUUUUGAAGCUGGCCCAUGUCACUGCAUUGAAAGAAAGUGAUCACAAUGAACUUGCGGAUGACGAGGAUGACAUCGAUGAACAUCAGCCGUUCCCCUCGCUCCCACAGAUUUUCCAAGCUAUUCCAGAGCACGUUGGCUUCAACAUCGAGCUAAAAUGGAUCAGCCAGAUGAAAGAUGGGUCCUGGGAUGGAAACCUGUCUUCCUAUUUCAACAUGAACCAGUUCCUCGACAUUGUCCUGUCCUGCGUUCUGCAGAAUGGAGGCAAAAGACGCAUCAUCUUUUCCUGUUUCGACCCAGAUAUCUGCACAAUGGUGCGUCAUAAGCAGAACAAGUACCCGAUCCUCUUCCUUACUCAGGGAAUCUCAGACAAAUAUCCAGAGCUGAUGGACAUUCGAUGCCAGACCACUCAGAUCGCAGUUAGCUUCGCUCAGAGUGAAAAUAUUCUGGGCAUCAGUGCCCAUGCCGAAGAACUGCUGAAGCACCUGAACUACAUCGGAGAGGCUCAGGCUAAAGGCCUGGUGGUGUUCAGCUGGGGAGAAGACAACAAUGAUCAUGAAACCAGAAGGACGCUGAGGGAGCAGGGAAUAGAUGGCCUCAUCUACGAUAGUAUCUGUGAGGCUCAAGGAGAGCAGCCAAACAUCUUCCAAGUAGAGGAGAAACACACCCUGCAGGAAGUCAUUACAGAGGAGACCAUGAACAGCUCCACCUGCUCCUGCUACUCCAUUCCCUGCUCCAUGGCACCCUGCAUUGCCUCCAAGCCCCGGGGCGGCAGCGCCGAGUCCGACUCCGGCCUCAGCUCCUCUUAAACUCCACCCAACAUCUCAUUUUUUUAAUACAUGCACACAGGGCGGGAUUGAAUGAUAAACAAAAGAUUGUAGUUGCUUUAAAAAGAUGGAAAGUUUGAAAAGGUUUGAUUGUUUUUUGUUCUCACAGGAGUUUUCUUUAUUUAUGCCCUCCUUUAAGGAAGUGGAGGCUUGUCAAAGGACAUGAAAAGAGACAUGCAACUUUUUUUGUUUGAUUUAGAGGGGCUUUUUUCUUUGCUGUACAAAGGCCUGUUUGAACAUCAAAACGGCCUCAAGCGUCCUCACAAAAAUGGACCGUUGUGAAAUUAGUAAAUCAACAUGUACAUAUAUACAUUUAUUGAUGGUCUACGUGGGAAAUACUGAAUUUUUGGGUGUAAAUGUGUAACUUAUACAAAGAAAUAUGCCGCUCAUGAAAUACAAGGACACAAAUUAAUGCCAAUGUUUGCAUGCUUCUGCUGUUACUUAUAGUCAUGUAGCCAUUUGUUGUUACCUGAUGUUCCCACAUAACAGGUUAUAACAAUUUUACCAAGUUUCAGGUCAAUCGGUUGCUGGAUUAUUUCGUGACGCUUAAAAACUGCACAGGCAGGUGUGCGAGUGGAUGUUAAUAAUGGCUGCCAAUAAAUAAAACUGCUUUCAGGUACAGUGACUCGGUGCUCCUGGGAGUGGCUAUGUGAAUGGUGAGCUCACUUUUGAAAAAGCUUAAUUUAAAAGCACUUUCUCCCCUUUUAAACACCUUCACAUUUUGAUUGAAUUAAUGUUUAGGGCUAUUAUUGCACUUAGGACAUUGCAUACUGUAGCUUCCACUUGCAUACUGUAGUUUCCACUUGAUUUGAGGAAGGGCAAAAAAAAAAAAAAAAAAAGAUUUUUGGUUUUUCUUUCCAACCACAGCCUUAAGUGUUAGGGGUAUCGGUUACUAGCCUUUUCUUCAAACUGCGACAUCUCAGCUGUUAGAACAGACUUGAGAUGUGUUCAACGCUUUCCUGUAAAUAUUGUUUAACUUCUCAACACAUUACUCUGCGUACAAAAUCCCCCAAUGUCUGUGCAAUGUCGUUCCUGUACAAUCUCUGUCUUAUUGCAUGCUCUGUAUACCUGUCUGGGCAACCAGGAAGAAAGCAGAAACAUUGUAUAAUAACCAUCACUUGUAAAUAAAAUGAACACCUGUAUUGUAAUGUGCAGA